AUGGCUGUCCUGUGGCUGCUGCUGGCAGGGCUGCCCUCCUUCUUAGUGGGAGUCUUUGCAUGGGUUCUUAUUCAGCACUUUCUCACUACAGAAAUUCCCUCCACCCUCAAGCACCCGGUGAAGUUAUGGUUUAUCCACGGCAUGUUGCUGUAUGUGUUAACUCUGGGGAACAUACUAGAGAAACUGAGGAUUUGCGCCAUGCCCCGGUUUUUACAGUUUCUCGAAAGCCUAAUGCCGAUAAAUAAGGAUCCUAACGUGUUGGUGACUGACUUGCAUUUUGGGACAAUCCCUGUGAGGCUGCUGAAGCCCAAGAAAGCGUCUUCCCAACCCCGGCGAGGCAUCAUCUUCUAUCAUGGAGGAGGUGCACUUACUGGAAGCCUGGACCGUUACCAAAGCCUGUGCAGCCUCUUGGCCAGUGAGACAGACUCGGUGGUGCUGAUGGUGGGGUACUGCAAGCUUCCUGGCUACCAUCACCCUGUCCUUAUCAAUGAUUGCCAGAAUGCUUCCAUCUAUUUCCUGAAGAACCUGGAAUCCUUUGGGGUGGACCCAUCCCAGGUUGUUCUCUGUGGAGAGAGUAUUGGAAGUUGGGCUGUGGCCAUUGUCACUCAGGCCUUAACCUGCAUUCCCAGUCUACCCCAUAUCAACGCUCAAAUCCUGAUUUGUCCACUAGUAAAUUUCAUCAAUUUUCAGUUACCAUCACAUCAGCAGAACAAAAAUGUGCCAUUACUUACCAGAGACUUCAUGUUUAUGUGUAUGUGUAAAUACCUGGUCAUUGACCUCUGUUGGAAAGAUGCCAUGUUGACAGGUUCUGCCAUACCUCUGGACAAGUGGAAGAACUACAGGAAAUGGCUCAGCUAUGACAACAUCCCCAGAAGAUACUAGAGCCAGGAUUCACAACCUGAAAUUCUUGGGCCUUUUAAUGAGGCCACCUAUCUAGAAACCAAACAUACUUGGAGUGCAGAAAUUUCACCUCUUCUAGAAGACAUUGCUCAGCUUCCUAAGACAUUUCUGGUGAGCUGUGAGCAUGACAAUCUCCGUGAUGAUGUCCUGCUCUACAAGAAGCACUUGGAAGACUAGGAGUUCCCUGUCAGCUGGUAUCAUAUGGAUGAUGGCUUUCAUGGGUGCCUAUUGUUUGAUAAGAAGUGUUUUUCUUUCCCUUGCUCUAUGAAACUUACAAAUGCUCUCAGUAGUUACAUAAAGAGAUUUGAUAGUAAACUUGGGCUUUCUGUGGAGCAGGGCAAGGAAGACCUAUGA